AUGUUUUGCCGGAAGGCCACAGAACAAUCGGAGUCUUCCGAAAGUGAAGGGAUAGAGUCGGUUCUGGAGAUUCCUCACGCAGACCUGACGCGGCAGAUCAACCCGGAAGAUGCUGACCUCUACGUUGAUGCCGUGUUUGUGCCCCUCUACCGCUCGUUUCAAAGUCGUCAGCAUCGUGGACUUCAUGUGAAGGAUUAUUUGGUGGUGAUGUUCUUCCUCGUGCUGAACUCCUUGAUACAGCUUGGUUUAUCCUACAUUGUAGUUACGAUUACCACCGACAGUUAUGGCACGCUCCUGGACAAGGAGCGCAUUCUCUCCAAGUCCAUGUGCACCAAGAUGACCUCAGGCAGUCCUUUGUAUGGUUUAAUAUGGCCGCCCGAUUCCGACACGGCAUUCGGCAGCAAAUAUGACUGUGCACACAAGCCUGUCACCCUUGCCAUGAACCCGGAGCUCCUCGGCACGAAAGAGUCCAGGUAUUGGACGAUUGAGCAGGCCAAAGCUCUCGACAUAAAAAUGGAGGAGUUGGGCUACGGCGCGACGGAGGAAGGGAUAUGUCACGUCGGGAUCUAUGAGGAGACCUUGAGAAACAUGAUGCAGUACAACAAGGAAGUGUUGCAUAACCAAGGUUAUGAUGACCGCUUGGACAUACAUUUCCUGGAGCAAUACAAAGACCAUAUCAGAAUCUGCGUCGCGUCGGACUCCUCAGUUUGCGGAAGCUUGGUUAGCAAGGGUGUGUUAAACACUUCGUAUCCAGAGAAGAACAUCAAAGAGCGUUAUCAUGAGUGCAUUCGGAUCUUCAAAAACUUUUGUGCAUACAUAUUUUGGGGAGACAGCUAUGAUGACUACACUUUCUACAAGAAGAGAUACUGUGGCCAAGCCAAACACCAUUUCCUCGCUCGUGGUGUUUGGACAACAACGUAUGACUUGGUUGGCCAAUACCAAGGGGACAUUGUCACGACCUCUUUCACGAUCCUGUUGUUCCUCGUUCUGUUCAUUUGGGGCAUGCUGAUGCUGGAGGAGUACCGGGCCAUCAACAACUUUUGGAUUGUCAUUUAUGGUACCGAGACUUCAGAUAGUUGCCAUGCAGCUGAUUUUGCCACGACUGGCGAAGACGGCAGAAUGGAAGUGCGCAAGUUUCCAAAACCGCACAAAGUCUUUGCUCUUUGUGUGUGUGCUGUUCGGGGAGCCAUUGCCAUUGCCGUUGGCACUGCUGGUGUGCUGCUUCUAUCUCGCUCCAAUGAACUACUUGACAUCAUUCUCAACGGUACCGCUUUGGGGUUUCUCGUUGAAGUGGACAACAUGCUCCACCGCGCCUUCUUUGGAUUGACCUUGGAGCGCGCAGUCACCGGCAACUGCGCUCCCCUGCAUUGCGAUUGCAAGGACGGGUUGCACAGUGCCAUGGUGGAUUGUCAGCAGUUCAUGGUUUGUCAAAUCUCUGUCUUCGAUGCACUCCUCGUGCUUGAGAGGUACGCGGGAGAAUAUACUGGCAAAUGGCGUCCUGUUAGGUAUUUGGCGGUGUUGGUCGUGAUGGUGGCUGCCUGGGAGUACUUUGUCUUCGCGUCGGAUGGCGGACUGUUGGACCUGAGCGCUGCAGCAGAGUGCUUGUGCCACACCAGCGGGGAGAGGUGUUAUGGCCAGUACUUGGAGACAGUGGGCUUGAACUCUUCGGCAUGA